AUGAGCACUGAAUUCCGUUUCUUGGGCUAUGACGCGAAAAUUGCGUCAGUUUCUCAUACUAUCUAUUAUUUUAUUGCUACGAUCUAGUGAAGCCGAUAAGAGACGUGAAUUCCCACGACUUAGAAGCUGGAGCCUAGGUGAUGCUGGUGGUGAGUUUCACGAAGUUCUUCCUUGGUCAAAAGGCCUGUGA